GCCCUUUCUCUGCCGCCCGCUCCCUGCCCCUGGCUCUGCCCCUUCCCUCCCCCAGGCCCCCUCCUCCUAGACCUGGGUCCUCCUUGUCCGUCCUCGCGGGUCUCCUUGGCCCCGGCCCCAUCUCUCCCCCUAUCCCCGCCCCAGGUCUCCCCUUCUCUCCCAACCUCGGUGCCCCGCGCUGCCCUCGGGCUGGGAGCCUUCAUCAUCCCCCACCCCACUCCCUGCUCCACUUUACCCCAUCUAUCCCCCCAGGGCAGGGGCGGGUCUCCCCAGGCUGCCGGAGAGGGGGCUGUGUCUCCCUUUGGGUCCUGGGCUCCAGGCACCAGGAGACAGGCCAGGAGGGCAGAGGCAGGAACGCGGCAGGAGGUGGGGACCGACCCCAUUUCGCAGUUGGGUUCAACUCCAGGGCUCAGGAGAAGUUAGGAGAAGAGCCAGUGGGAGAGGGGUUGAGACAGAUGCAGGCAGGUCCUGCCAGGAGCUGGGGAGCAGCCUGCGCCCCUCUUUGGAGCCUUGUGCUCUUUGAACCUCAGCAUCUUCACCUGAGGCCAACCUGGCUGCCCGGCCGCGGUGCAGGGGCACGGGGCAGGGAGAUCUCGCCCCCACCCAUGGUUCUCCUGGCGAUGUUUGCACAAGUGCGUGUGUGUGUGUGGAGCUGUCCACCCCUGGUGCGAGGCUACUGUGUGCCGGGUGCCUGCCCUCAGCCUGCACGUGGGGCUGUGCAGCCUGAGUGUGCAGGGCUGGGUGAGACAGGGUGUCGUGUACAGCUGUGUGCGUGGCGGGCACACAUGGCGAGCAAGCGGCUUGUUUGCACACACUCAGGUGUGCGAGUCUGACAGCUGUGAAAUGAAACAGCCCUGCGCGGAAGCGUGUGUACAAACAAGGCGCUGUUUCCCCAGGAGCUGCCUGGGCGGGUGGACCCUGCCUCUCCCUCUCCCUCCCCCCGCACCUGCUCAGGCUCUGGCUGACCCUCCCCUGGCCAGCAGUCACCAGAAUGUGAGCUCCCACAUUCUCCAUGCGGGCAGUUCGCUCUCUGGGACACUUGGAGACCGGGAGGGACAGUUCCCGGACACGGGGGCUGUCGCCUGGGCGCCAGGUGGGGAGGCUGCUGGGGUGGACAGGGGCCGACCUCCGCCCCGCCCUCCCCAGUACGAUGAGCUGCCCCACUACCCACGCCUCCCGGACGGCUUCCCUGAGGCAGCACCCUCGGCACCCAGAGCCCCCGGGCCCUACGGCCCGCCCCGGCCCCCCCAGCCCCCUGCCCCAGGCCUGGACAGUGACGGCCUGAAGAGGGACAAGGACGAGAUCUACGGACACCCGCUCUUCCCGCUGCUGGCCCUGGUCUUUGAGAAAUGUGAGCUGGCCACGUGCUCACCUCGUGAUGGGGCCAGCCCGGGGCUGGGCAGUCCCCCGGGCGGCGACGUCUGCUCCUCCGAUUCCUUCAAUGAGGACAUCGCUGCCUUUGCCAAGCAGGUCCGCUCCGAGAGGCCCCUCUUCUCCUCCAACCCAGAGCUGGACAACCUGAUGGUCCAGGCCAUCCAGGUGCUGCGGUUCCACCUGCUGGAGCUGGAGAAGGUGAGCACCGCCCCGCCCCGCUCCAUCGGGGUCUCUCCCCACGUGCCCUGCGCACCCCGGCCCUGGCCCCUGGGUGGCCCCCCCAGUACCCCGGUGCCCCCCCAGGUCCACGACCUGUGCGACAACUUCUGUCACCGCUACAUCACCUGCCUCAAGGGGAAGAUGCCCAUCGACCUGGUCAUUGAGGACCGCGACAGCGGCUGCAAGGACGACCUCGAGGACUACCCGGCCCCCUGCCCCAGCCUCCCAGACCAGUCUACCACGUGGAUUAGAGACCAGGAGGACAGUGGGUCUGUGCAGCUGGGGACCCCGGGUCCCUCCAGCGGAGGCCUGGCCUCUCACAGUGGGGACAACUCCAGUGACCAAGGGGAUGGCCUGGACACCAGCGUGGCCUCUCCCAGUUCCGGGGGCGAGGAGGAGGAGCUGGACCAGGAGCGGCGGCGCAACAAGAAGCGGGGGAUCUUCCCCAAGGUGGCCACCAACAUCAUGAGGGCCUGGCUGUUCCAGCACCUCUCGCACCCGUACCCCUCCGAGGAGCAGAAGAAGCAGCUGGCGCAGGACACGGGGCUCACCAUCCUACAGGUCAACAACUGGUUCAUUAACGCCCGGAGGCGCAUCGUGCAGCCCAUGAUCGACCAAUCCAACCGCACAGGGCAGGGCGCGGCCUUCAGCCCCGAGGGCCAGCCUCUGGCAGGCUACGCAGAGACUCAGCAGCAAGUGACUGUCCGGCCUGGAUCCGUGGGGAUGAGUCUGAACGUGGAAGGAGAGUGGCGCUACCUCUAGGGCCAGACUCAGGACAAGGGCAUCCUCCCUGCCACGCGCCGUCUGUCCGGCCGCAGGCUCACCACGCUCCACGCUGACCCGGGAGACCCCCUACUUAUCCAUGUGUUCAGCCACCCACUGCCUACCCACGCACCUACCCCCUGACCCACACUGAGCCCCCGCCCCUGGAGAAGCUGUGAUCUCCAGGAAGGGGAAUCAGAAAUCAGUGGCGCCACUGAAAGCGUGGAACUGCUCCGAGGAGGCCGUCAGGGAAGUGGCCUCCGUGGGGCCCUGAGGGAUGAGUCCCCUGGGAAGGAGUGGGAAUGAGCUGGCGCCGGUCCUGGGACUUCGCUCUGGCCAGGCACUGCCAAGGUGGGCGAGACAUCUCUGUGCGGUCCUCAUGACCACCACCAGGGGGAGACACGGCCACAUUCCUGUCACAGAUGAGAACCCAGGCCGAGUUCACUUCCAGUUCACUCAGCUCAGAAAAGCAGGGAGCAGUGUGUGCAAAGGCCCAGGGUGAGAGGCAGCCAGAGUUUUGGACACACAGCUCAGAUCUUGCCCCUCCCUGGAGGGAAACCCUUCUGGGGCUCCCCAGUGCCCUCUGGACACAGCGCACUCUGUAGUGUCCAUACGUCCGUCCAGUGCACAUGCCCUAAGCCCUGUGCCCAGCCCUGUGCUGCAUGGUGCUGGGGACAGAGUCACCACCAUGACAGCCAGCCCGCCCUCCUAAGGCUCACAGUCCAGGGGGGGAGACUGACCCAUCCCCAGGCAGGGACCACCCAGAACAGGCGGGGUGGGGCCUAGAGGAGCCCUGAGGGGCUGCAGGAGCCAGGCUGGGAAGAGGGCUCCAGAGAGCGCUUCCUGGAGGAGGGGGCCUUCAGACUACAGCCUGGGAGGAAUGUCUAGCAGUGGGGCCAGCAGAGCACGGAGACCCUCAGAGCCACGACACUGCCCCCUCACAGGGGCAGCGUGGGCGAUGGGUUCAGGCUGGCAGAAAGGCCUGGCAAGGCUGAGGCACGGAGGGGACACUGGGGGUCUGAGCCAGGGAAGGAGAUGCACGGGUGCGUCCAGGCCUGGGAGGCCCAUGGGCAGCUCGGCUCUGCGUGGGCAGGCAUGGGCCAUGGCUCUGUCAGCGUCACGUGACCUCUGGGGGCCCACUCUCCUGGCACCCCCGCCUCUCUCCCCCAUCCCCCGCCAUCUCCCCACGUCCCACCUCUGGCUGUGAUGUCUUCCCGUCUGCCCUGCCUGUGGCACUCCCUUCUCUGCCCCGUCUCUGCCCUGCUCUCCAGCUCCCAGUCUCCACACUCCUCCCACUGGUCCCUUCCCUCGGUCUCCCCCUCUGAGACUGCUGUGCUGCACAGGGGGGCUGAGGGGGGCUGACGUGGGCCAGCCCUGGGCGGAGACCACGGCCUCACACCUGGUUGGCCCCGCCUCCCCUC